UAUGUACACAGUUGGACAGGAUCAGUGACUCCAGUGACACUUUCCAUAUUUUUUUUUCUUGAGGAGGAUAUUACCUGCUUGACUUGCAGAGGUGUAACAAGUUGAAUUUGAGCUGAAAGCUGUAGGUCUGAUCUGGGGAAAAUAUGGGAAACGAGCAUUCCAAGAACAAAGAGAUAACCAAGAAUGGGACAAUUCAUGACAAGCAUGAAAAUGGAUCAGUGAAUGGCCUCUCCGCGAACAUCACAUCUAAUGGAUUGGAGGUUGUUGUUAACGGGGAGACCAUAGUCCACCAAAAUGGCGAACCGUUCUCUUUAAACUUCGCCACAGAAUCAACUGAGCCUGAUUUUGUGAUAGUUGAAUCAGACUGUCAACCUGCCGAGGCCCAAGUCAUUUUGGAACUCCCUGAACCCACCAUCCAGAAGGAAGAGGUCAAGAAAAGUAAAGAAGAAAAAGUUCAUCUUUUUGGCAAAAUGUUCAAAAAGAAAGCAGAACCUCCAACUGAUGUCGAGAACAUUCAAGAAAAAGAGACAUCAAAUGAAGAUCAAAAGGCUGUAAGUCCUCCUGCCACUGAUCCACAGCUGGAGACAGCUACCCUAAAGCAAGAAUCAGAAUCAUUAACGGAGCCAGAAAGUGUGACUCAAGACCCUCGUCCAGAGGAAGAAAAAGCUCCCGAAACUGACAACGGAGACAGUCAGCCUGUGGAAAACCAAGAGGAGAGUGACCCUGAAGAGAAUCCAGUUAUGAACUUCUUCAAAACACUAGUGACUUCCACUAAAACAUCCAAAAAGGAAACAGCUACUCCUGAUGCCACAAAAGAGCAGUCCCAGAAGGAGACCCAACCAGCAGCAACCAUUACUGCUGCACAAGUAUCUGAACCGCCUGCAGCACUCAAAGGAAUGUCUAUCCCACCACCACCUCCUCCAGAGCCACCAAAAAUGGAAGUCAAAGGAGAACCAGCUGCCAAACCUGUAAAACCCACGCCAAAAGAAGAACCAAAAGCUGCUGCAAAGGAACCCGAGCCCUCAAAAGCAACAUCAGCCAAAGAUACUCUGAGCAAAUUCUUCCGCCCAAAGGUACUGCUAGGUUUGAAGGCAUCCAAAGGCAAGGGUGCCUCAGCAAGUGGAGCCAAUGCCCAGGCCAAGACUGCAGCAGCGACAAUCAAGGACGAACCACAGCCACCAGUAGAAGUACAGACUGAAAAUAAGGUUGAACCUCAGGAGACAGCAGAGGAGGUGGCACAGCCAGUUGUAGAAGAGCAGAUGGUGGAUGGAGCACCACAGCCAGUGGUAGAAGCUGAGAAAGUGGAUCCCUCAAAAGCUGGCACCUUGGAGGCUGCCGCAAAGCCAGAGCCGCCACCGCCUGCUCAGGAGGAGAAGAAAACAGCCUCAAAAUCUUCCUUCUUUUCUUUCUUCAAGCCUAAAGUACUGUUAGACCACAUGACCACAAAAGUCCAGGCAGCCUCCACAAGUGGAGUUCGGCUCCUCAGGAGAUCGACUGGAGUGGGUGCUGAACCCAAAAAGGCGACCCCUGCCCCCGCUGCAGCUACAACAGCAGAGGCAGCUAAAACCAAGGAGGAACCUAAAGCGGCAGCCAAGUCGUCAGAGGUAGUUGUAGAUAACAAACAAGCUUCAGUGGCCUCCCAAGCUGGAGACGAUGCAGCCAAUGUUCCCAAAAAACUGGAGAAGAGGAACUCCAUCCAUCUGUUCUUUAAAAAUCUGGGUCAGAAACGUCAUUCCACAGACGCGGGAGUCCAGACAGAGGCAGCUGCUGUCGCUCCAGCAGCAGAGAAAGCCAAAUGAAACCAAAAGCAACACUAAAGUUUCCAUGUACAGACUCCCUUUCUCUUACUCAAUCUUUAUCUCUCUCUCUCUCUCAUCACCCCUUCGACACCCUUGAAUUACUUUAACUACAUUUAUUUUAUUUAAUUGUUUUUGUUACUGUUUAGAAGUUACAAUAUGAGAGGAAAGGAUACUGGAUAAAAUGAUAAAAGCAAGUGAGAAAGAGCAGUGAGCAGGUAGAUGAACUAGUGGUGAUUGGAAAUGGUGAAAGACUGACUUGAUGGUGAGGCUGUUGAAAUACAUACACACACACACACACACACACACACACACAUAUAUAUAUAUAUAUAUACAUACACACACACACACACACACAUAUAUAUAUAUAUAUAUAUAAUUUUGGUCAUAAAAAUGUCUUGACAAGUAUCGCAAUGCGAGUGUGAAACCUUUUCUACAGACAUUUAAUGUGACCUUUCUCUAAUCGUGCAACCUAACACACUGGGCUUAUGCAAUAUACAGUACCACACUUCGCUUUUAGCAAUUAAUUUGUCUGACAACACAUUGUCACAUAGGCUCUAUUUUUACAGUUCAUAUCAGGAAAAUCAUGCAGUUGUGGCAAUGCGGAAGUUAAUAUGAAACGAUAUUGACAAAAGUACUUAAAUGUAUAUGACAUUAAAAUAGACAGCUCCUACUAGAGCUGAUGAAAGGAGCGUGUUCAAACUGCACUUACAGAUUUUUUUUAACUCAAUGUGAGCAAUAUGUAGAGUAUAUGUACAUGUAACAGUCAUAUAUUGGGCCAUUCAGGAAAUCACAAUCUUAAGUAUUCUGUGGGGAACUGAUUGUAAAGUAUUCAUGUUAACAAAUACAUCUGAGGCGGCAAAAAAAAGGUGUCAUUUGUGUGCAAAUGUGUCCUUUGUGGUAUGUUUUGCAGUCGUAGCUUUUAAUUUGAUAGCAGCACUUUGUGUCAGGUCAUUUAAUUGACGUCUUACGGUGUUUGUCAUUUGUGUUUGGCAUGUGUGCAGAUGAUAUCAUGCUUGUGUUUGCCUAUAUGUACGCGUGUCUUGUGUAACUUCAGUUAUCUUGAAGACAUUAAAUAUGUUCACCAUU